UUAUCAUUUGGCAAAGUAAUUUACGUAAUCUACCAUUUUCAUACUAUUUAGAAUAUUGUACUAUUAGUGUGUUUUAAUAAGAAAACUAGACAGUGAGGUCGGAUGUUUCUCUACGCAGUGAACGCAUGAUAUCGUAAGCCAAGGUUUACAGUGUGAUGGCAUUACACCAGCUUAUUAAUGAUAAGGGAAGGAAGAUGUGAAGCAUGCAGGGAAUUAAUGUAGGAGGGCAUUCCACCCAGUUUUCUGCAAUGGCGCAGGAUGGGCCAUCUUGCACCACCUAUUUUGAUGACAGGCUAUACCACGACCUCAGAAUUCGUUUUCCUGACAUUCCUGAGGAUGUUAUAAAGUCAUACAUCAACAAGAGCUUUAAUAACAGGGAGGAAUGUGAGCAGCAGCUGUGCCGCUACAUGCGCCACCAGGGGGACGCGGCGGAGCAGCCGCUCGGCCAGCACCAGCUGAGGCAUGGCCUGCGGCUGAACCUGAGCGAUGCGGCGCGGGGGCGCCAGUGGAAGGUGAGCCCGGCGCAGGGGACGCCGCCGCAGAAUGCGCUCGUCAAUCCGACGGAUCUCAUGCCGUUCCUGAGCUCUGCACGCAACCCGCAGAACACGACGAGCAUCGCGUGCGUCAACUACGGUCCGAGCAUCGGCGACGGGGCCCCGCGACGCCACCAGACCCCCUACUCGCCGACGACGGGCCGCGUGAUGGCGCAGGUCAGUCUCAUGGAGCGGCAGGGGGCGCCACCGCGGCCCCAGUACGGCGGCGGCGGCAGUGACAGUCCGGGCGGUACGAGGCAGCCGGUGUUCAAUCCGAGGAACGAACCUCAAGUGCUUGAGCCGUUUGCGAGCGCUGGCGUCACGCACCCUCCACGGCUGCGCGUGGACCAGCAGCUGCUGUCACCAUCGCGGUCUCAGCACAGCGCGUUGCACCUGCGCAUACCGACCGACUACUCCAGACCUCUCUUUGUCAACACGGCGACAUCUCCGACCCAGCAGACUACGACGGCUGCCGGCGCCACCUACACGCAGGCCAGUACGGCCUACACGUCAAACGUCAAUAUUGUGCUUUCGAAUCCGUCGACGCCAACGACGCAGCCGGUGAAUGCUGUUCCAGGUGGCAGCACUGCUGCAGGUCCAACACUGUACCUUGAGCAUAGUGGAGGAAGCUAUGAUAACCCCACGUACGAUCUGCCAGAGCUCCCCCCUCGAUUGCCAGCUAACUCUAAUCAACAAAGCCCGCAGGUAGUGUCAGCCUUUGCUGCUCAGGGGGCAGCACCACUUCCUAUCAGCAGUAGGGCGACACAAGAUGAUGCAUACACACAAGCUCUACUCCUACGCCAGAGAACACGCAGAGAGCGAUUGCAGACUAAGCUAAGCACGGCCAGGAAGGUGUUGCUGGAUCUCAGGAAUGAUGUCGGCGAACUAGAACAAGCCGUGCUACAAAGGCAGAACCCAGACCAGAACGUGGGUCUAGCAACGAUCGAAGAGCUUAAGGCAUUACGUCGGCAAAACACUCAACUGAAGAUAGAGGUACAGUGCAUGACCAAAGAAGUUGACAUAUCCAACAGAAGAGAGCCAAACUCUACUGGUCAGUCACCGAAUCCAGAGGAGGAUGAAGGUCCGGAGUGGGCUUGCUCGGCAUGUACCCUGCGCAACCAUCCUGCCCUGAAAAGCUGUGAAGUGUGUGAAAUGCCACGCUUUGCCCAAGGUCCCUGAUGUGUGUGAUUCAAUUGGCGCUAGUCUGAUCCCUUCCCGCUGCAUGUGGUGUGCUUGUUCUGUGGCCUCAGGCCCUGCAUAGCAGGCCAUGGGGCAAGCAUGACGUCAUCUCCCUCGUUGAUCAUACCGUGUGUGUACAGGAUUCAGUUGACGAUCAUCAGGGCAAACAAGUGCCUUUGUAAUUUUUAUAAAUUCAGUUAAUAGGAACGUUAACCAUCACUUUCAUCUAAGAGAUUUUUGUGUAGGCGUCAUAGACUUAUUUACUAAUCAGGUGCCGUUUUAGUCACAAUGUUUUGCUUGCUUGUUUGAGGGAGGGAAAGAGUGAGUCCUAGAGCCAUAACUGAUAAAAUGCGCCUUCGUAUUUUACUAAAUUGCAAUUAUUUUAAUAAUUUCAAUGGAAACUAUCUUCUCAUUCUCUUGGUGCUUAUUCUGCUGACUAUGCAAUAGCAUUGCCAACAAACUGAUGAGCUGUUUAUCUCUGCACAACUGCUUGUACCAUAUAGAUCUGCAAACUAGCUCGUCUAACCCCAGUACUGUGUACUGAUGCCUAAUCCUUAUUGUGAGGUAGGUAUGUACCUACUCGUGUUUGAGGGACUCGAGAAAUGUGAACUGUAUAGCGCAUAGCCAUAGGGUUCGCUGGCCUAUUGAUGUACGUGUAUCUGUGCAUGCAACAUGUGCUGUACACUUGUUUCUAUAACCUAAACUCGCACCUGUUGUCACGUUAAUGAGCAGUGUGGAUGGGAAACUAGUAUUAAGUCAUGUUAAUUGUGUAUUAUUUAAUGAAAGUUUUUUGGUACACGCUUGAUUCGUCAGUCAAUCAUGAAUUCAAACCAUUAGUAUCUCCAAAGCAUAUCGUAUCUACAUGAACUGCAACCAAAGAUCUGCAAUGGCGAUUUUAUCCAGAUGGUCCCUAUCUGCAGUGCAGUGUAGGAGUGGUUGCCUGUGAUUUUGAGUAACAUAUUUUGUGCAUGCAACUGUGGGGUGAAUAAUAUUCGGUUCAUUGCUCGGUCUCGGGUUUGUAGUCUAGCACCAUCACAGCUAGAUGAUCGAGGUGAACUGGCCCUAUGAAUGCUGCAGCAUCGUAAACGUGUUCAAUGUUUAUCUCGGUUGACAAAACUCAAUUUAAAAAAAGGAAAUGAUGAAGUGUUUUUAACCGAGUGUUUGCUCUCAAAGCAAUAGCCAAGUCAAUUAUUGAGAGAUUUUAAAAUUCAAUCUAGAAUAUCCGAUGUGUCUGACUCGACACGGUCAAAAUAAUUUAUAUCCAAUAACCCUUGUUAGAAACCCAGCAUGCAUUACAGGAGUAUAUUUAUCGUACUUAAAGAGUUACUGCCUUGCCAUGUUAUCUAAGUUUGGCUCAUAGGGUCUAUGUCCCCCAGGGUACUGCUGGAACGUACCCUGGGUACGGUCUGGUAUACUGGAAC